UACUGUUAUUUUUGCAUUUGUAGUUUCUGUGUGAUCCCUGUGGAGUUGUUUUAUUUCUUGGGUGCACAGUGGAUUACUUUGCUUUUGUUUACAUUUACUUUGCCUUGUCUUCAAGGCCAUGGUCUUCAGCACUUUUGCAUAACACAGCCCUGCAGCUUUUCUCUUUUUAAGUUCUCCUGACUGCAAGGAACAUUUCAGUUCUUAGUGGCUGUGUUUCAGUCCGGAAAUGACCGUAGUGAUUGAGGUUCCUCAUAGCCCCAGCACAUCAAUUUUGUGUGAGGAAAUGCUUCAUCGUCCCUGAGUGUCUGCACUGGAAACAUGCAAGCCCCCUGUGAACAUGAAGACACAAGCUUGCUGCUCCAGCCGCUGUUUGAGGGAGAGGAUUAUGGAGCUGCUGCAGCAGAUGGGACACCAUGUCCAUCAGUGUCCGUGGCAAGGAACAACCCAGCAAAGAGGGAUUGCCUGGUAGUUGCCGUGCUGUGCUUUGGGAAUUUAGUAAAUUUCAUUGAUUGGUUCAUUGUGCCAGGGAUCCUGUUGGAUAUACAAAAAUACUUUGGGCUCAGUGAUGGGAAGACAGGUCUACUGCAGACAGUCUUCACCUUGUGUUACAUGCUGGCUGCCCCCAUCUUUGGCUACCUCGGAGAUCGCUACAACAGGAAGAUCAUCCUUGGAGCUGGUAUUUUCUUCUGGUCUGGUGUGACCUUGGGGAGCUCCUUCAUCACUGAGUCGCAUUACAGGAUAUUUGUUCUUUCACGAGGAUUGGUUGGCAUUGGCUCUGCCAGUUACUCCACUAUAGCACCUACCAUCAUUGCAGACCUGUUUGAGGAAGGAAGAAGGACCACAGCAUUAUCUAUCUUCUACAUUUUCAUUCCAGUGGGAAGUGGCUGUGGUUAUAUGCUGGCAGCUAGCAUGGCAAAAAGCACAGGUGACUGGCACUGGGCAUUCAGGGUAACUCCUUGCAUGGGAGGACUGGCACUGCUUCUCCUGAUUCUACUGGUCCCUCACAAGAUCCAGAGAAAGACAGCAGCACACAGAGCACUGAGCAUCUCUGGCAUGAUAGGAAGAGCAGAUGAGAAGCCAGAUAUACACAGAACUACAAAGACUACUUGGUGUCAAGAUGUGGGAUCACUUGUCAAGAACUGUAGUUUUGUCUGUUCCUCACUGGGUCUGACUGCCAUGGCCUUUGUCACUGGAGCCCUGGGAAUGUGGAUGCCACUGUUUCUGUACAGAGCUCAGGUUGUCCAGGGCCUUGUCCCACCAUGCCUCCAAGACUCGUGCAAUUCCUCUAACAGCCUAAUAUUUGGAGGCAUCACCAUUGGGACAGGAAUCGUGGGUAUUAUUGCUGGGGCAGAAGCUGCAAGACGUUUAAGAAAGAUAAACAACAAAGCUGAUCCUCUGAUCUGUGCCUCAAGCAUGUUCAUUUCUGCCCUGUGCCUCUACAUAGCUCUGAUGGUGGCCCAGACAAAUAUCCUUUCCACUUUUAUUUUUAUUGCAUUUGGAGAACUGUUUUUGUCUGUAAACUGGGCUGUUGUGACAGACAUACUGCUGUACGUGGUGACGCCGAGGCGACAGUCCACAGCCAUCGCCCUGCAGAUUUUGGUGAGCCAUUUGCUGGGAGAUGCAGGGAGCCCAUACCUCGUUGGGGUUAUCUCCAAUGCUGUCCAGGCCAGGAACAGCCCAUCGCUGCAGUGGAGUUUCCGGAGCAUGCAGUACAGCUUUGUCACCUGUGCUUUUGUUGGGGUCUUUGGAGGAGGCUUUUUCCUCCUCACAUCUUUCUACGUCGAGGAAGAUCGGAAAGAAGCACAGAGGCUCUGAGGUGUCUGGGUGUCUUUAUAACUUUGAAACUCAGAUGUGGUGACCUGUUGGACACCAGCCAUGGUAUUGUCACUGUAACAUGAAACCAUGUUAAAGUCUGCCUUAUGGUAAUGCCACGUCAGUCUCUAUAAAAACAGAGAAGGGCAAAAUCCCAGUGAAGUCUCAGGUUAAACAAACCUUCCACAUUGAGCAAAACAGACCACAGAGCUCACAAGCAAAAUCGCUGUUAAUGCAAAAUGCUGCAGUACAUAGAAAUAGCAUCCUUUACUGUAAUGCACCCCUGCAGACUUCAUGGAACAUGAGGUUCUUUCUCUACUCUGAUCUUUCUCAGCCCUGUAGAACCAGUCCUGUUUCUCUGUAGCACUUCUCUCUCUUCCCUAAAAGAAAUCAUAUUCAAAGUAUAAAACAUUUAGAAAAAACCUUGAAUUGGACAGAUCCCUGUCCUCAAGCACCUGGAUUCUUACAACCCCC